AUGGUAAAUCAUGACCACAACCCUUCGGCAAAAAGUUCAUCUCAGUCCGCCCGCCGCCCACCGUUCUCUGUGAGGAUCCCCCCACAGAGGACGUGGCUCCUCGGCUCGGCUGCCUGUCGACGUGUGCGGCGGGAAGGGCUCAGGGCGGUCGCCGUGGCACUCGGGACGCUCGCUCAGGCACUCGGGGCUGGCAAGAUGAUGCUGAAGGCUGUGAUACUCAUUGCUGGGCCUCAGAAAGGCACACGCUUUCGACCCUUGUCCCUGGAUGUCCCGAAGCCACUGUUCCCAGUGGCUGGCCUCCCGAUGGUUCAGCAUCAUAUAGAGGCACUUGCAUCUUUACCAGAUCUGAGGGAAAUUCUACUCCUUGGAUACUUCCCUGCCCAACAACUUCAACAGUUUGUAGCUGACAUGAUGGCUACUUACAAGAUUAGAAUAAGGUAAUAUAUUGGAAUUUUCUAGGGUUGAAUAAGGGAAGUGAUGAAAUGAUAAUUCAUAUAAAUGAAUUCAUUUAAAGCCGAAAGUGAUAA